UUCUCAGGCACGUGCGUGCCACUCAUAUAAUGAGCCGCACCGCCAGCAUUGGAAGACAGCCGACGGCUUCGAGGUCCAUAACAUUUCUCAGUGAAACAGCGCUCGUGUGGCUUCAUUCGUUGCAACAUUGUGAAUCAAGAUGACAUCAAUUCUCCAGUUCAGUCGCAUCCUGAGCCGUGCAGCACCUCCUCUACAAAGGAGUGUUCACUCCGGCACACGUCUGACCUCCACAGCUGCCUCCCAACUGAAGCAUGAUCGCCCCCUAACAUCUGAGGCCAUCUACGCCCGCGAGGACAAAUAUGGAGCACACAACUACCACCCUUUGCCAGUCGCUCUGGAAAGAGGAGAAGGCAUCCAUGUGUGGGACGUGGAUGGGAACCGCUACUACGACUUCCUGAGCGCGUACAGUGCAGUGAACCAGGGCCACUGCCACCCCAAAAUCAUUGCUGCCCUCAACGCACAGGCUUCCAAACUCACACUGACCUCCAGGGCAUUCUACAAUGAUGUGCUGGGAAUCUAUGAAGAGUUCAUAACUAAGAUGUUUGGCUACGACAAAGUGUUGCCCAUGAAUACAGGUGUUGAAGGAGGAGAGACCGCCUGCAAACUUGCACGUAAGUGGGCCUACAAUGUGAAGGGCGUCCCCAGCAACAAGGCCAAGAUUAUCUUUGCAGAGGGUAACUUCUGGGGUCGGACCAUGGCGGCCAUCUCUAGCUCCACUGACCCCAGCAGCUAUGAAGGCUUUGGACCCUACAUGCCGGGAUUUGAGCUUGUUCCUUUCAAUGACAUUCCAGCACUUGAGAAAGCUCUGCAGGAUCCAAAUGUUGCUGCCUUCAUGGUGGAGCCCAUCCAGGGUGAAGCUGGUGUGGUGGUGCCAGACCAGGGCUAUCUUACCAAAGUCCGAGAACUCUGCACGAAAUACAACGUUCUCUGGAUUGCUGAUGAGGUGCAGACAGGUCUGGCGAGGACGGGCCGCCGUCUGGCUGUGGACCAUGAGGAGGUCCGUCCAGAUCUGGUGAUUCUGGGCAAGGCUCUGUCUGGUGGAGUUUACCCCGUGUCUGCUGUGUUAUGUGACGACGAGGUCAUGCUGACCAUCAAGCCUGGAGAACACGGCUCCACGUACGGAGGAAACCCGGUGGCCUGCAGGGUUGCCAUCGCUGCGCUGCAGGUGAUGGAGGAGGAGAAGCUGAGCGAAAACGCUGAGAGGAUGGGUCACUUGCUCCGGACCGAGUUGAGAAAACUUCCAAAAGAAGUUGUGACCACAGUGAGAGGGAAAGGCCUCCUCAAUGCUGUCGUCAUCAAAGAGACCAAAGACUAUGAUGCUUGGAAGGUGUGUCUGCGUCUCCGUGACAAUGGCCUACUGGCCAAACCCACCCACGGCGACAUCAUCCGCCUCGCCCCCCCACUCAUCAUCAACGAGGAGGAGCUGCAAAAUUGUGUGGAGAUCAUCCAUAGAACCAUCAUGUCCUUCUAGAUCACAUCAGUUCACCUAAUCCCUCAAAGUGAUAUUCUCCUAAUCUAGGGGUGUGGCCAGUGGACACGUGACUAGAAAUACCAUUUUAAAUUCUGUUUUAAUUCUGUCUCCGGAAGUGACUGUGGUGGUUUCACAGGCUACCGAGAGUGAGUCAAGUAUGAAGCGUUGCUCGCAGUGAAAGAAGCCACAAUGUGUUUGGGAAUGACUGAAGAGAGCUUCAGGUGUUUGAAUGUUACAAGUGACGAAUGUUUGUCUAGUUCCUUGCAAAACACAUCACAGUUAAAUUAUUCUAUUUAAAUAAUUGUUGUGUAUUGGUUUUGCUCAAGAUGUUUAUGCUGUAAAGACACUUGCUUAAAUUGAAAUGAUCGAAAUGGACAAGUGUGUAAUUUAUAUUUUACUUGAAUCGUGUCGCACACUGCAUUUUUACUGUAUUUCCCGGUAUACACUUAACAGGCAUUUAGAUGAAUAAAUAAAAAUGUCAUUCGUAUUGCAA